AUGAGCGCACACGGAGUACCGACGCCUGGUGGCACGCCAGCGGGCCAGAACCCAUAUGCGCCGCCUGGACCUGACGGCACAAGGGGAGCAGACGGACAGGGAGGAGACAGGAGCUUGGGAGUACGUGACAGCAUGCGCUUUGUCAUGCAACGCAGGAAAAGAGCUGACGAACAGCGCUAGGGAUCUCUGCUGAACUCGAUGCUCAACAGCGGCAAGAACUCAAGUCAGUCGGGAGGUCUAGGAGGCCUGACGCAAUCAUUCUUGGGCGGAUCGUCUUCGCACGGCAGCUCAAAUCAGCAGCAUGGAAGCUCAAGCGGUCUCGGAGGCAUCGCCCAGUCCUUCCUAGGCGGAUCGAGCUCUGGAGGAUCACACGGUGGACAGAGUGGGCAUGGACAGUCAAGUCACUCGAGCAGUGGAGGGUUGGGACAACUUGGAUCGAUGGCAAGCAGCUUCCUGGGAGGACAUGGCAAACCUCAAGGCGGCCAGAACUACGGAUACACCCACAACCAGUCGACUGGACCGUAUCAAGGCCAGGCACCGCCUGCGUCUUAUCAGGCGCCGACAGGCGGUGCACAUUCACAGAGUCACACUCCUUCGGCCGCAUACGGCUCGCACGAAGGCGGUUACAACGCCCCUUCUUCGCAGCAGUCACAUCAGCAACCAUCUCACGCACAACACCCACCAGGCCCUCCCGGCGGUCCACAAGGAGGCUUUGGGCCGCAAAGCGGAGCGUAUCAUCCUCAUGGCCAGUCAGGAUAUGGACACGACCAGUCACAGUACGGUCAUCAAUCGCCAUACGGCCAGCAACAUCAAGGCGGGUUGGGACAACAUGCGCCUCCUCCGCCCUCAGGGCAGUAUGGACAAAGCGGUUAUGGACCUCCAAGCCAUGGCCAGGGCUACGAUCAGUACAGCGGCCAGCAAGCAGGCUACGGCGGUCAUUCAUUCCCUCCACCGCCUUCGGGAGGCCCCGCGCACGACCAGCAGCAGCAGUAUCAAGCUUACAACCAGGGCGCGCAAGGUUAUGGAGGACAAGCGGCCUACGGACAGCAAGGAGGCUACGGACAGUAUCAGUCGCCGCCACCGAACCCGGGUUGGAGAUGA